CAUGCCUGCACUGCCCAUUAGGAUUCGACGCGCCGGUGCGGCGUAUCUCCGCAGCAUCCAUUUAGGAUUCAAGACGCCCAUUCCAAUAUAGCCCGCCAUAUUCUCACGAGCGACAAGUUACUGGGCUGCUGAAGCAUUGUUGCGCCCAGUCGCCUGGACCGCCACAAGUUCCGAACGAUUACGGGACACACCGGACGAUGGCGGAAUCUUUGCCGCCCAAGUUGAGGCGCAAGAUCACGGAAGAGAAGGCGGCUUCGAGAGCAAAGAAGGAAUUCGAAGGCAUAAAGACAAUCGAGGACGCAUUCGCUUUUUGCGACAAGGACGGAGAUGGCGUUAUUUCAAAACGUGAGCUCGGCCAGGCCCUCAGUUCGCUGGGUGAACACAAGAGCGAUGAAGAACUCCAAGAGUUGAUGAACAGAGUUGACGCCGAUGGCUCUGGGACGCUCGAUUUCGACGAAUUCGCGUGUUUGGUGAAGACCGAAAAGCCGAUUCAUAGUAGACUCGUCAAGGGCCGCAAGCACCUAAUGGCCUGGAUCGGAGACUGUGCUUACGCUGUAUCUUCUCGAGUUGGACGUGGUCUCGGCUUCUUUUGUCGAUGCUUCUGUUGUUGUCAUGCGAACCGCUACCGUGAAUCGCCGUAUCUUCCGGCGAACUCGGAGCUGGGCACUCGAGAUGAAGCUUUACGCGCAUUGGGGGCUUGUGCAAGGCUAGUAGGGGGCACUGGAUACAUCGAUGCAGAAUUGCACGGCAAAUUCGAUCCUCCGCUGAUUGGGAAGCACAGUGGUUUCAAGAUAGAGUCUCAUGUGGAUCAGAUUUGCGAGACGUCGGGAUCCACAUCUGCGAUCCAAGCUGCAUGUUACACAAAUGCCAGGUACCCAAAAGCUUGCAUCGUUGCUUUCCGUGGAACGAUGAGUUACGCAGGUCUAAAACAGGAUGCUACCUUGCUCACUCCUUACAAAGGCACCCCAAUAUAUAAGGCAUGCAAACAAUCUUGUAAAUUUGUGAAGCGGUGCCAGGAGAACCACGAAGGAAAAACUAUAUUCGUCACCGGUCUUUCUCUUGGCGGCUACUUAGCAGAAGUGGUCGCAUCUAAGUUGGAUGUAGCUGGGGCAUCGUUCAAUAGCCCAGGCCCUUGGCGAUGGCAUUUAUCAAUGAUCCCAAAUAAUGCAGGUCAUGAGCGUCCGCCCUUUGAGAUUCAUUUGACGAGGUCCGACCGCGUGGCCAACAUAUUGUUUCCCAAACCGCAGCACAGUACGCAUAUCGGACGACCGCUCUGGCACCACGGGAAAGUUCAUCGCAUAUGCGAUCCUUAUGUGCCUGACGAAGUUGUUGGCAUCCCAUCUGGUAUAAAAAAUCAGGGGGAUACUCAUAUUCUAUACGUCAACCAGAAGGAUGAGUUGGGCAUCGAAUCCAGCACUUCGGAAUCUAGCACUGCGGACUCUUCGUCGGAUGAGUCAGGGACUCGUUGCUGACUGCAGCGGAGAGCACCAAGCAGGUCUCUUCAGAGUGACAACUGGGCACGAGAAACACUCAGCAGCAUAAUUAUGAACGCUACUGAUCAAGAGCAUAUGCUAACACCAUUGAUUCCAAUGAUUGGUUGGUCAAGCACUCGAUCGCCAUGCUCAUCAGCAUCUCCCGCUGUUGUAUCCCGCUCGUCCACAGCCCUUCCUCCCCCGUUCAGUCGUUCCCCUCUGUCUGGUAUCGAAGACCUACGGCGAAUCACCGCCGCCCCCUGCCUUUUAGGAUACGUCUAUGUGGCCAAACGUUUGGACAAAGCUUGGCCACGAUGUUGGACCAUAGCAGAUGGGAUCAAUUGGUUGUUUGAGUAGCAGGGGUUUGCAACAACGCCGCUGCCAACGUCAGCGCAGAUUGGUUUAUGUUUCUCCACCGUCCAGCGCUAGCAAAGAUCUCGGCGUAUGGCCACUGGCGCGCCUUCAUUCGCCGCUGGUCAAAGGUGUCGGCGAAUUGCUUGUCUCCCUCGCUGGCUGGGCGCGAAGCUACUCCAUAUGGCGUCUAACUCCCUCUGCGGGUGCAAGUAUUGAACGCAGCUUUGCCCAUUCUAGUGCACUUUCAGUCGAACGGUUCAGGCGCGUAUGUUUCAAUGUUUAGGAAUGGCGCUCGCUCAACAGCGUCUGUGUCGCUCACAGGGUUGCAGUCUUGGCUUAAGUGCCUGACAAUCAUGCUUCAGGUCAAAGGUGUGCACGACGAUGUCGAUGUAUCUAGAUGGGCAUGCCAGACGCGGUGUCUUGACAUAUUGGAUAGAAAAGUUGUUGCCGCAGCCACGGAAGGACAUACGAG